AGCUGGUUAUCAACAUAAAAUCAACAUUUCUAAUCAUCUCCAAUAAAUAAAAAAAUUGGCAUUUUGUCAAAGUCUAAAUAUGUUUUAUAAGUCUCCUUAUAAAAUCUAAUAUGUGAACAACUGAUGAGACAGAUUAUGGUUGAAUCUUUUUUUCAAUGAUUCGUGUUGGUAGCUGUGCAGUCUAAAUAAUCUGCCAAACUGGGGUGUGGGAAGUCAAAAGCUGACUCGCCAGUUCAUAGUAGUAGUAGCAGCACUAGUCAUAAAGGCGAGAAAAUGGCAGGCAAUAGUUUAGCAAUUCCAUCCUUUCCUAGCUCUAAUUCUCCUCAGAGGAUUGCAGGGGAUGGCUCUUCUCCAGCGCGAGUAAAGGUAGCACUUAGUCCAGGGCGAUCUUUAAUGGAUUGGAUAAGAUUAGGAAGAAGUGGACAAGAUUUAACCAGUGUAAAUGGUCAGGUAUUAGACGUUACAGAAGAGGAAUUAUCUAAACAUAAUACACAAGAAGAUGGUUGGCUCUCUCUUAGAGGUAAAGUGUAUAAUGUAACACCAUAUAUGGAAUAUCACCCAGGUGGCAUAGAUGAAUUGAAAAGAGGUUUAGGAAAAGAUGCUACUCAGCUUUUUGAUGAGAUUCAUAAAUGGGUGAAUGCAGAAUCUAUGUUAGAGAAAUGUUACGUUGGAAGAUUAUGUACUUCUGUUAAAAAUCAAAGAAAAGCCAGUACAGCAUCAAAAUCAAGUAUAUCAUCCAGUAAACUUAGUGCUAAUGGAACAAUAAAUUUAACCAAUUUAAAACCACCUGAACCAACAGGACCAGUUCCACCAAAAUUUGAUUGGUACCAAACUAAUAAAUGUGUAACAUUGGUUGUGUGUACUAAAUGGACUGGAAUGACAUCAGAUAUGGUUAUAAUAGAAAAAACAUGUAAACAGCUGCUGAUUUCUAUAUUUAUACAAGAUUUUACAUUUACUGUACAUACAGAAUUAGAAGAAGAAGUAACAAGUGAUUAUAUUGUCAAAGUACAGAAAGAUAGUGGAAAGACAGAAAUAGUUCUACCUAAAGUACAAAUGGAGAAACAAUGGUCUAGUUUGGGUAAAUUACUAGAUAAUCAUUGUUCUUAUAAGAAAACAUCAGAAUCAGGAGUUCGUCAGUAUAAUAGUAAAAUAAUAUCAGUAUCAAAAGUUAAUCAUGAUACUAAACUAUUCUGUCUUCAACUACCAGAAGGCUGUAGAAUGUGUGUACCUAUUGGAUAUCAUGUACAUGUACAUCAUCAUAUAUCAGGUAUGGAGAUAGUACGAAGUUAUACAUGUGUAAUACCAAGUAUAACGGGAGAAGUAAAACUUUGUGAUGUAGAAGAUGGACGGGUUGUAUAUUUAAUGAUAAAGAUGUAUACAGAUGGAGCAUUAACAUCUUGGUUAAAUACAUUAAAUAUAGGUGAUUGUAUAAAAAUCAGUAAUUUUGAUGGCAGUUUUAAUAGACAAUAUUUAACCUCUAGUCAUCAUCUGAUAAUGUAUGCAGCAGGCACUGGUUUUACACCCAUGAUAAGAUUAUUAUAUCAUAGUCUUAAACAGGAUUCUACUAUCAAAUCAGUGAAAUUAUUAUUUUUCAAUAAAACUAAAGAAGAUAUUUUAUGGAAGGAUCAACUUGAUGAAUUAGCUAUUCAACAUAAAAACCGGUUUGAAGUAACAUAUAUAUUAUCGAAUGAAGAUGAUACAUGGACAGGGUAUACUGGUAGGAUUCGACCAGAAUUUGUAGAAAAUUUUAUUCCGAGAUCUGAAAAUGAUGUUAAUAGACUAGUAUGUGCAUGUGGACCAACACCAUUUACUAAAGAAGUAAUGAGAUUAGCUAAAGAGUAUGGAUGUCAAGACAGUGAACUUCAUGCCUUUCUUGGUUAGAAUAACUUUCCAACAAAAAACAGGCGCUAAAAACAAAUACAAGACAUCUGUAAAAUAAGGUUCUUAAAUAUUUUUAAACAGUGAAAUAGCAAUAGAUUUUUAACGAGAUGAUAUUCAUAAUAAAUAAUUAUUUAAAUCAUGCUAAAUCCUAGUUGUAAACAUCUUAUGAGGUUAAUUCUGUUUACCUUAAUGGUGUCUGUCUGUUUGUUUCAUUCGUGUAAGAAGUGUGCUUGUUUUUUAGAUCAGAAAAACUAAGGUAUAGUAAAACUGAACCUACAUUAUACCUACAUAGAUCUACCUUAUGUUUUGUACAUUAAGUAUAUAGAAUGUAAGCGUAAUGUAUAUACAAAGUAUACUACAAGGUUUCAGUAUGUACUAAAACAUAUGAUAUCUUGAUAAUAAAACCAAUGAUUACUCAGACUUUUGUGGAAAAAUAAUUGUUAAAACGGUGAAACAUACCCCAUAUAUUUAUCAUGACUUUAUUAUACAGGUCGAGCGUCAGGACACGACUGACUCUCUCUCUCUCAGUUAUUAUUUAUGAAAUCAUUUAUUUCACGAUGGACACCAGGAAUUAAAAAUAGUUAGUUAAAAUGAUAAAUGUUGUUAAUAAUGUCAGGGAAAAACUAGAAUGUAGUAAGUCAAUUGUUUAAUCCAAUACCAAUCUGAUUAAAACACAGAUCCUAUUUCGUUUCGUUUAUUAUAGUUCAAAAUUUCGUUUAACCUGUCUUUACUACUCUGGAGUAGGCCAUCGAAAGUAUAAAAAAACGAAACGAAACAUAGAUUUGUAUUUUAAUAAUGUCAGGGAAAAACUAGAAUGUAGUAAGUCAAUUGUUUAAACCAAUACUUUAUAGAUAGUGCUAUUGUUAUUGUACAUUAAUAUAUAAAAAUGGCUAAAUACUAGAAACCUAUUAACUAGAUGUGCAUGUGUUUAAUGUGCGAUUGUUUUAUAUAUUUAUUAUCAUAUUCAUUUGUUAUUCAAUAAGAAUACAAAUGAUGAGAUCUAUUUUAGAUUUUUAAAGUGACAGUCCUUUCUAAAAUAUUUAACACUACUAAGAAUUUUAUUUAUUAACAAGAAAUGUUAAUUUGUAUAUUUGAAUUUUUUGACAAUAACCAACUUCUCCCUUUAAAAAUAUAAAAAUUGAAUUUCAUGCUGAUACUGAUGAAAAGUUGUCAAUGUAAACUAGUCUUGCUCCCUCUGGGUGAUAGACUAAGCAGGACAAUGUCGGGGCAGUAAUAAGUUUAAAAUAUUAUUAGUUUAAUCUAUUAACAAAAUAGUCUCGGUCACCCAGAACCUCCUAGUCUUGAACGUACGGAUUGUCUAGGACCGUUGUCAAUAUUUGACAAGUUCCAUUGCCCAUGCGUAACCAGGAGUUUGGUUGGGUUUUUUUUGUGGUUGAUUAUCUAGUUCCUUUGGCCAAGUCAAGUAAGAGUUGUGCCCCUUACCGCAAUAAAUCCCUUAAUUCUUGCAUUAUUAAAAAUAAACAUGAAUCGUGACGUCAAAUUAGGAUUAAUUUUAAAAUAUUGGUAUGGCCUUAGAAGACAGAAAUUUUACAAUAAAAAAAAAAUUAAGAGUGUUGAAUAUUGAACUGGCAAUGCAAUCAAAUGGACAUCCUGAAAUGGUAUGCUGAAAUUAAUUUCAUGGGCCACGACAUCUUGUUUUAGGACUAGUUACCUCCCUUAGACUUUGUUUAUGAUAUUGUAAAAGACUGGAUAAUCUAGCCAAUGACCUAUUAUUCUCAAAUGUUGACAACACAUCCAGACUAAUAUUCGUAGAAUAUUUUCCUGGAUGAUAGAGACUAUUAACAAAGCAUUGUGGAGUGUGAACAUAUUUCAAAGCCAAACCUUCAAGAGCAACUACCUAUAUAUAUUGAAGCACCCAAUUUAUUCAUUUACAACUUUAAGAGAAGAGGGACUGUCACUUUAAAAUAAAAUUAAAUAUAGAAAAAUAGAUUACCUCAGUAAACGAAACAAUAUUUUGUAAUUUAUUGUUUGAUCUCAUAUUUAGAGAAAUAUUUUAUAUGUAUUUUGAUAAAUGAAUAAAUCACUAGGAAUAAUCUAAUGAUAUAUAAGAUGAUUAUAUUAUGAGCAUGUUUGUUUUGUUUAUCUUUUUUUAUACAUGUAACUUAUAACAUAUUAAAGACAAUCCAUCAUUUAGUUCCCAUGCUUUACCUUAAAACACCCAAAAUUUAUAAAUUGGUUCAGGUCGCAGUGGAAGGAUAGUUCCAAUGCUUUACCUCAAAACACCCAAAAUUAAAAAUCUGUUCAGAUCGCAGUGGAACAAUCUGAUUAAAACACAGAUUCUAUUUUGUUUCAUUUUUUUAUAGUUCAAAAUUUCGUUUUAUUUGUCUGUACUAUACUAGCAUCUGGAAGAGUUGUUAUAUAAUUAUAACAUGCUUUCUGGAUGGCGUAAGGGAUUAGCCAAUGAAACCAUCUGUUAUGGAAACUUCUUGGUGUGCGAUGCACGGAGCUGUGUGUAAACCACUAGAAAUGUCCGACGUCAUAGGGUCAAAAGCCAUUCGUACAACCUCUGUAGUGUAGGCCAUCGAAAGUAUAAAACAAAACGAAACGAAAUAUGAAUCUGUAUUUUAAUCAGAUUGGCAGUGGAAGGACACCAUCCUCAGCAGAAAGAGUCCAUCGAAUCUGAAAGUAUCUGGCACUAAUUUAAGUUUCGUCAGGUGCAAUAACAACUGAUUUAUCUUUUUCACACAUUUUUAUUGAUAAUUUCUAAUUCAUGGCCAGUAUACAAUGUCAGGUUCAAGUCCAUAGCGCCUGACAUUUUGUUAGAUACAAUUAAAAUCUUUAUAUCCAGAUCUGAUGUCACAUUUGUCAAGAAAUAUGUUAUCUCGCAAUAUGUCAUUUAUUUGACAUCGCAAGGUAAUAAAACAAUGUGUAAGAUAUUUUUCUGAACACUUUGUUCCUGUUAUGCUCUCUUUAACCUACUGAAUAUAUAUGGUCAUAAAAAUCAAAAUAACUUACCUGCUGAAAAUUAAUUUAUAGUCAUGUAAAGCAUUAAUUUUAAGUUGUAUAUAUUCACUUAUAUUUUAUUAAAAAAAUUCUUUAAACCCAUAAGUACAUGUAUAUUCAUUGUUCAAAACAAGAAGUGUAUGUGACAUGUCCUUGUUCACAAAAUUUCUUUAGAACAUGAAAGUUAACGUUUGUAAUUUGGCACUCUUAAAAUCAAAUAUGUUACAUUCUGUUUUAAGGUAGUUAUGUGGAAUAAAUCUUGAGGGCAUAUAAAUAUGUAUAAUAGACAAUUGUUAUUACUUAUACCCAUUAGUAAUGUAUAUCAAAAUAUGUAUUUACUUAUUAUUUUUCACUCUCAAUACAGUACCCUCUUAACUAUUUUAUAUAUGCCUUUAAUUAAGGUAAAAUCCAAAUCUCAAAACUUCUGGUAAUUUUAUGGAAAAGGGUUUCACUAUAACUAUGUUACAUACGCCUUUAAAAAAGGUAAAAUCCCAUUCUCAAAACUUCAGUAAUUUUAUGGAAAGGGGCUUCACUAUAACUAUGUUACAUAUGCCUUUAAUAAAGGUAAAAUCCAAUUCUCAAAACUUCAGUAAUUUUAUGGAAAGGGGCUUCACUAUAACUAUGUUACAUAUGCCUUUAAAAAAGGUAAAAUCCCAUUCUCAAAACUUCAGUAAUUUUAUGGAAAGGGGCUUCACUAUAACUAUGUUACAUAUGUCUUUAAUAAAGGUAAAAUCCAAAUCUCAAAACUUCAGUAAUUUUAUGGAAAGGGGCUUCACUAUAACUAUGUUACAUAUGCCUUUAAUAAAGGUAAAAUCCAAAUCUCAAAACUUCAGUAAUUUUAUGGAAAGGGGCUUCACUAUAACUAUGUUACAUAUGCCUUUAAUAAAGGUAAAAUCCAAAUCUCAAAACUUCAGUAAUUUUAUGGAAAGGGGCUUCACUAUAACUAUGUUACAUAUGCCUUUAAUAAAGGUAAAAUCCAAAUCUCAAAACUUCUGUAAUUUUAUGGAAAAGGGGUUCACUUUAUGCAUAUUUCAUACAGGGGGUUGGAUGGCCGAAUAGUUAGCGUGUGCACGCUGUAUCAUAAGGUCUGUCAUUGAGUCAACUGGUGUGGUUUCGAUUUCCCGGUUGCCUGGCCAACCUCGUGGGUUUUCUCUGGGGCAUCCGGUUUACUCACACUGCUAAAGACCCCUAUGUGAAGCAAAUUAUUGAAAUAAAAUUAAACAAAAUGUUAGUCCCGAAAUUAAUUAGUUUGUGUCGAGUGGACGUGAAACCCCAUUUCUCUCUCUCUCAUAUUUCAUACUGGAUAUUAUGUUAUUUUAGUAUCUGUGAAAUUGAAAAGAAGAAAAAAAAUGUUUCUUUAUGCUUAAAUGGAAAUUAACUGGAUGAAUUUAACAUUGUCAGGGAAUUACCUUUAAUAGAUACAAAUGUAAAAUGGUGAAGAUGGUACUUUGUCGAGAUCAAGAUUUUUUUCAAUUAUUUUAUUAUGUGUUAUUUAAUUAUGCAAUUUUCUUUAAAGUGUCAAAUCUUUGUUAAAUAUUGUAAAUAAUUGAAGAAUGAAUUUAAGUCCUUUACUUGAAAUAUAUAACAAAAGGUUAUAGUAAUAUUUUAAUUUCAGAAGUCACUGAGUGCAGAUUUAUUUAUAGGCUAAAUAAUUCUAUAAAAUAAGCUGUUUGUCUGAACUGACAAAAUUGGACAAAUUUUGAAGUAACUAAUUUUGUAACUGUCUGAAAGGAGUAUUUGGUUUUCCUUUUUUAUCAGAUUUAUGAAUGACAAUUUAUAUUUUAAGUAUAAUAAUUUGAAUUCAUUGUUCAAUUCUUUUAUUUAGAUUAAUGGAUUUGUGUUUGCAUUCCAAAAUAGGCAUUUACUAAUUCAUCUCUAUUGUUACAUUACUCUGUAUACAGGAAGUUGAAUUAUAGUUAAGAGUAAGUUUUCUUUGAAUGGCAUUUAGUAAUUGGAACAUAAUCAAAUAACACACUGUUUAUGGAAUAACAAUUACUAUGGUUUAUUUCACUGCGACAUUUCAACAAGAUUUCACAAGUCGUUAUCAAGCAUAUAACACAUUUUUUUGUACUAUACGCUUGAUAACAACUUGUGAAAUAUUGUUGAAACGUUGCAGUGAAAUUUACCAUAGUAAUUGUUAUCAAUGGAUAGUGUGUUAUUUGAAGAGUAAGUUUUAUUGAGUUGUAUCAGUGAAGAGAUUUAUUAGCAAUUAAAUUGAGGCCUCUUGCAGGAAAUAUAUAUAAAGCUCUGAAUACAUCAAGGAUUAAAUGAUGUUCCAAAACCGACAAAAUAUCAAUGGUGUAUAGAAAAUUGGCAAAUAAUCCAUCACCAACAAAACCUGGUCUUUGGUUGCUGCAGCAUAGCUGACAAGGAGAGUGUGCCGAGUGGUUCGGAACCAUGGAAAACCAAAAUGACAAUGACCAUAUGUCAGUCACAGAAUGACUAGAGUUUAAACCAGGCCUGGAAAUAAUGGUUUGAGAUGUACCUGACAAAAUGUCAGGCACUAACGAAAAAUAGUAGCUGAGAUUUUCAACUUAGUGCCGGACAUGUAUUAAUAAUAUCAAUAAAAAAGACAAAUCAGUGCCAAGCAAAAUGACAGGCACCAGAGAUAUUGUGCCUGACAAAGCCUGAAUCUGUGCCUGACAUUGUCUGUGACAGAUGCCUUAUUUCCAGGCUUGGUUUAAACCCUACCCUAUUUGUUUCAAAUUCAUAUUUUUAAACUGAUGAUUAUUGUUUAAGUCUUUUAUGGAGGCAACUAUAUUUAUUUUUGUAUAAAGCAGUCAUUUUAAGGUGAAUGUUCAAUAAAUUGGACCAUGUGGCAUGUAAACAUGCUUACCAAGGGAAUCCUUGUACACAAUAUCUGUAUGGUGUACACUGGGUGAGAAAUUAGACUGUCAAAUGAUCCUUGAUGUGUACAGUUCUUCAAAUUGUAAAUAUGUCAUUUUAAUAUAUUAUAUAUCUCUACUGAACAGAAGGUGUAAUAAGUAACUUCACUUGUACACUGUGCCAUCAGACAUUGAAUUAUUCAAAACGUAUUUAACCAGGGUCUAUAACUUCCAGAUGUUGGUUUCUAGAAAUAUAAUAUUGCAAAACGACCAUGUGAAAACAUUAAAGUUGUACAUAUUUUAAAACCUUAGUAAAUGUUUUAUUGUUGUCACUCUGAAUAUAAACCUCAGCAAUAAAAUGUUAACAUGGAAUUAUUCUCUCCUCUUCCUAUAUAUAUAAUUAUAUAGUUUCUCAACUAAUGAAUUUGAAUUUUUGAUAUUAAACUUCCCUUGCUUAAACAUACAUUAUGCAAGAGCUAAAUCUGCCUAUGGCAGGUCUUUCUUUAGGCCUGAAAUGAUUUCUAAAUUAUUAAUUACUUAGGCAUUAAUUAACUGAUCCAGGCCAUAAUCAACUUCCGAUGGCAUUGGAUUUCUCCGAUGUUAAAUAGAUUAGAACGGUUCAGCCAUAUUUUAAUUUAAUUUAAAAAUGGAGGAGCGAGACGUAGCUUCGAACAACCAGUACGGUGGUAAUUAUUGCACAUGUCUUGUCAAAGCUUCAAAGGCUAAUAUCUUCACUCGCAAUAGAGUAAUUGGAAUGAAAUUUUCAAAUUAUUCAUUUUACAUUAUUUAUUUUCGAACUGUUAUAGCAAGUAUGGCUAGCUCUUUAUCUAAAUCUUACAUAAUGUAUCUUUAAUAGAAAAAACUCCCUCCAUUUAACGAGAAACCACCUGAUAAUAGGUAAUCUUGUGUUAGUCCCAAAAUAACCAAAUUAUUAUAUAGAUGAAAUGAUCUAUCUCAUUCAUUUCAUGACAUUAAUAUAUAGAGGAUAUUUGUCGUUUUAGAGUGAAUAACAUAUUUUAUUUCAUCGAGAAGCAAGAAAACUUAUAUUUUCACGAAUGCGUAGCAUGAGUGAAAAUAAACGUUUUCUUGCUUAGAGAUGAAAUAAAAUAUGUUAUUCACGACAAAACGACAAAUGUUCUAUUUAUUUUAUGAUUUUACAAUCAUUUUAGGUAAAAACAACUAGCCAGUGGAAUAACACUUUUAUUUCACUGAUAAAACGCGGUAUUCCACUACUGAUCAUAAAAUAAAAUAGUUUAUAAUUCUCACAGUUAGUUAGUGUAUCAAAGUUCUGAGAAAUGUAACACAGGAUCAUAGUGUGGUCUAAUAGAAAUAUAAAUUGUUAGAUAUACUUUAUAUGAAUCUAAAGUUGAAAUAAAUGAUAAUAUUUAAUGUACCGGUAUAUGAUUUUAUAUAUAUUAUUUUUAAAUGCAAUACCCUCCACCCUAUAAAAACCAUUGUUAUCAAUACUUUGUUGUUAUCAAUUUAAUUUAAAUCAAUAAAACAUUAUCAAACUAAUACAAAAUGUUUAAAUAAUUGCAGAAUCAGUUCACCUAAUUAAAGCAAACUUAUACUGAAAUUUAUUUUUGAAUGUAGAGAAAUGGUUUUAUAAAUAUAAUAAGAUAAGUUGAUGUAUUGAUAAUGUUAUUUAUUGUUAUUAUCUCGACCUGAUAACCUAUACUGAGUGUAAAUAUCAAGAAAUGAUCAGGCACGUAACUAGAGGGGGAGGGGGGAGGGGCAAAGCCCCCCUCUUCAAAAAGUUUCGCUCUCCCUGUGAAAAAAUUGUCGACCACAGAUAUACAUUGUCCGUCAAUUUUACAGCACCCCCCUAGAACACUCGUUGCUCUGAGCUAGUUACGGCCCUGGAAAUGAUAUUAACUAUGUAAUGAGUAAGAACCUAGAAAUGUUUUUAUUUUUAAUGUAAUAAUUUAUUAAGACACUCACACACUUAACUGCAUGCAUACCUACUGCAUGUUUGUGUAGUUAUUAUAAGUUAUUACAAUUCUUAUUGAAUCUGUUAUAUCACAAUUUUAUAUCAGUUAUUAUUAUUAUUGUGUAUUCGGUUCCUAUUAAAUUUCACUAAAAGAAACAUCA